AUGGAUGAAACUCCAAUGUCAUUUAGUCUACCAAGUCAAACAACUAUUGAAGAAUGUAGAAAACGAACCAUCUCAGUUCUUACCACGGGUCAUGAACGUACUAGUUUUACUGUAACUCUUGCCUGCCUUGCAGAUGGUACCAAACUUCCUCCAUUUAUUAUUUUUAAGUUAAUUAAUGUACUACGAGAGCAGUUUCCUGAUAGUAUAUAUGUUCGUGCAAAUUCAAGGUCAAAUCCACGUUCGCUUCUUGUUCUUGAUUCAUUUACUGCUUAUAGAACAGAUUCUGUAAAAUAUCACUUUUGUGAGAGGAAUACAGAUAUAGCUGUGAUUCUGAGUGGGUUAACCUCACACUUGCAACCAUUAGAUGUAUCUUUGAACAAAACAUUUAAAGCAAAAGUUACAGUAGUUUACUCUGAAGAUAAUUUGAUUUUUGAUUUUGAGAAAGUUCUAGAUGUAAAAGGCAUACAAAUUAGUGUUGAAGAAGAAAAAGAAAAUAGUGAAUCAUUUUCAGAAGAUAUUGAAAGUGAUCCAGAGAAUGAAUAUUAUGAAAAUGAAGAAAGAAAUUAUAUUAAUAUUUGGGAAUA